UUUGUAUUUAGUUUUUGUAUUUUAUGUUUUUGUACUUUAAUUUUACAUCUUUUAUUCAUGUUAUUUUGAUUAUGUCAAUGUCAAUUUUAUUUAUAUAGCACAUUUAAAAACGACCGAGGUCGACCAAAGUGCUUUACAGUAUACAAUAAAAUGAAACAAUACUAAAAGAAAAUACAGUACAAAGUGUAUAAACAAUAAAAUCACUAACAUGCUAGAAUAAUCGAUAAAAUAGUAAUAGAAAAUAGACGGCAAAGAAUAUAAUAACUUUUAUAAGUAUAUUACAUUUUAUGUUAACUAUAGGUGGAGGCACCUGUUAAGGUCUUUUGAGUUUUCGCCUCUUCCUGCACUUUAAUUUGUAAAGUUGGUAAUUUUAUUUGUGUAAUGUUUAACUGUGCAAAUAAAUAAAUCUAAAAAAAGAACAGACACACAAAGUGCACAUUCACUUCUCACAGAUGUAGGAAACCAUUUACCGUACACUAAAAGACAAAGAAAAUAAAUACGUUUUCAAAGAAGACAUAAAAACCUCCUGGGUCUGAGCAGAUCUAAUAUUUAGUGGCAAGCUAUUCCACAGCUUAGGGGCAGCCACCGCAAAAGCUCGGUCACCUUUAGUUUUGAGCCUUGAUUUAGGGACGUCUAGCAACUGACUUGAUUAUAAUGUUACUUCAUUGUAAAAUGUAAUGACAUUGUAUUAUUAAUAUUACUUUACACGCAGGUUUAAUUGUUUUGAUCACUGUUCCAUUUUUUUUAUUUUAUUUGGUGUUUUUUUUACCAUAACUUCUUAAAUGUAUAUUUUUAUUAGUAUUUAUCUAUUUAAAUAUUGGUGUUUUUGUUUACAUUUUAAAUAGUGUUAAUCUGUAUAGGUUUUAUGGAUGCAGCUUAAUUUGUUUUUUCUUAUUAAAUUUUUCUUCCAUCUUUAUUAUCUGAUUGGUCUCUUAUGAGUCAUUGGCCACUUAUGAUUGAUCAGUCACAGACUGUUGUGAAGUCGCCUUUAAUCAUUGAUCGAUGUAUCAGGGGCUUGUCUUGAACCCGGCAGCUGUCUUCAUGGAGAACGGACAGACCACCACAAAGCUGGGCCUGCCUCCGCUCACCCCCAACCAGCAGGAGGCGCUCCAGAGGGCGAAGAAGUAUGCGAUGGAGCAGAGUAUCAAGAGUGUCUUGGUGAAGCAGACGUUGGCGCAGCAGCAGCAGCUCACCAGCCUGCAGGUAACAGCUGCUCAGAUGGCCUCUCUGACCAUGGGUAUAGGUGAUGCCCUCUCUCCUCUGCAGUCGGUUGCAGCUCAGCGGCAGAGGGCUCUGGCCAUCAUGUGCCGGGUCUACGUAGGCUCCAUCUACUACGAGCUGGGCGAAGACACCAUCAGACAAGCUUUUGCACCCUUUGGACCAAUCAAGAGUAUCGACAUGUCCUGGGACUCAGUCACCAUGAAGCACAAGGGUUUCGCCUUCGUGGAGUACGAGAUGCCUGAAGCCGCUCAGCUGGCUCUGGAACAGAUGAACUCUGUGGUCCUCGGAGGAAGAAACAUUAAGGUCGGGAGGCCCAGUAACAUCGGCCAGGCUCAGCCCAUCAUCGACCAGCUGGCGGAGGAGGCCCGCGCCUUCAACCGGAUCUAUGUGGCGUCGGUGCACCCCGACCUCUCUGACGAGGACAUCAAGAGUGUCUUUGAGGCCUUCGGGAGGAUCAAGUCGUGCAUGCUGGCUCGCGAGCCCACGACCGGGCGGCACAAAAGCUACGGUUUCAUCGAGUACGACAAACCGCAGUCAGCUCAGGAUGCCGUGGCCUCCAUGAACCUGUUCGACCUGGGGGGUCAGUACCUGAGGGUGGGGAAGGCCGUGACUCCGCCCAUGCCCCUCCUGACACCGACGCCCCCCGGUGGCCUUCCUGCUGCCGCAGCCGUGGCAGCUGCCGCGGCAACGGCUAAGCUUACUGCUCAGGAUCCAGUGGGAGCGUCAGUUCUCGGGGCUCUGGCCGGACCAGCGCUCCUCUCUCAGCAGCUCGGACUCCCGCAGGCUGUCAUGGCGGCUCAGGCCCCUGGCGUCAUUACAGGUGUGACCCCAGCCCGGCCCGGCAUACCUCAGUUGGGUCUGGUGAACCCGACACUGGCCACGCCGCCGUUAGCAGCGGCCUCCAUCGGAGCCGAGCAGCAGAAGAAGAAAAAGGAGGAGGAGGAGCGGCAGCAGGACGGAGCCGUGGAGCCACUGAGCAAGCAAGAGCACAUGAGCAUCAGCGGGAGCAGCGCCCGGCACAUGGUGAUGAGGAAGCUGCUGCGCAAGCAGGAGUCCACCGUCAUGGUCCUGAGGAACAUGGUCGGCCCCGAGGACAUCGACGACGACCUGGAGGGUGAAGUUACGGAGGAGUGUGGGAAGUUCGGCCGGGUGAAGCGAGUCAUUAUUUACCAGGAGCGUCAGGGGGAGGAGGAGGACGCCGACGUCAUCGUCAAGAUCUUUGUGGAGUUUUCGGAGGCAGCUGAGAUGAACCGAGCCAUCCAGGCGCUCAACAACCGCUGGUUCGGGGGGCGGAAGGUGGUGGCGGAGGUUUACGACCAGGAACGCUUCGACAGCAGCGACCUGUCCACGUAGAACUCUCUCGGACUUGAACGUAGACUAGCGACCUCUUUCUAACCUGUCCCAAUUUUUUUACCGUCUUCGUCUUCAGGGAACCGUCUCCUCUUCUUCUGUGCGGGAUUCAGGGACCUUCUCCUGUGUCUUAUGUUUGAACCACAGAAAACACAUUCUGGUCCACUUCAGCAGGAAUCCUGGUCCAGGUGUCUGCGGGGGUGGCUUUGUUACCAUGGCUACAGGCCUCCUCCCAACCUGAACUCCUGCUUCGCUCCGUCGUCGUGGCAACCAGCUAGGAUCCAAAAACAACAGGUUUCCCCCCCGCCAGGGCACGGGUUGAACAUGUGCCUCUCAGAACCAGACUCUGGACCCGGUCCGGAUGAAACCUGCCUGUCAGCUGGGUCCGGCUCCAGAAAUCUGUGACCUGGUUUUACUCACCUCACGGCCUGGUCUCGGACCUCAUCCAGAUCCUACUGUGGUCUGGUCUAGACAUUGAUGUCGGCUCAGGAUCUUGGUCCUAGUUGUGGUCAACAUCCCCAAACAAACCCCUCUACACAAGCAAGUGGACCUGGUUCUGGUCCAGAAGCUUGUUUGACUGAUACUGGUCAAGAUUCUGCUCCUCAGACUCCGGUCCUGGUCCCCCCUACAGCACUCCUGUGAGCAGGAGAACCUGGGUCUGGUCUGGCCCGCGUGUCCCGGCAGACAGGUGCGUCCAGGAAUACUGUAAAACUGAAUUCUGGAUGGAACCAGCCGAGUUCCAGGUCCGACUUCACCAGGGGUUCGGGGUUGUGGUCUGAAACAUCUGGACGUUCAUGUGUCAUUUCACCUGAUGUCCCUGAACACAGCGCACCGUCACCCAAACUGAACCUGACUCCAGCAGGUGUCCAGUCUUCAUUCUCCGAACGCAGCGUUUCCUCAAGAACCUGAACCGGGACCUUCAGACACCAGAACCGCCAGGAUCCUCAGACACUAAACCUCGUUCAGGUGCUUUUCAGGCUGUUGAAGGUCAAACAUGAAAUCUGUGAAUAAAAGUUUUUUUGGUUUUUUUUGUU